UUUAUUCGUAAUUUUCGACUAUGGCUGAGUUUAGUACACCGCCGAGAAUGAGGAUAAUAAACAAAGCCGAAUUAAAUACUCCCAUAAAAAUACCAGCUUCACCUUUGCUGCAAAAAAUAGGCUAUGGCACCGGAGUUGCAGUGUACAUGUUUGAAAGAUCAUCUAAAGUAGGCUCUGAACUCUCCCCAUGGGCUGUAAAGAAAUGGCUGAAAGAAAAAAGCAACGAGAGAAAUAAUAAAAAUCUCCGAUUAGAAGCUGAUGUCCUCCGACAAUUGAAUCAUCCCAACAUCAUUGGUUUCAGAGCAUUCACUAAAGGAGAAGAUGGAAAGUCUUGCUUAGCUAUGGAAGUACUGGAUAUGUCACUUGGUGACAAAAUUGAGGAGAGACGGGAGAUCUUUGAGAACGAACCUUUCCCAGCCAAGAACAUUUUAAAAGUCGGUUUUGAAAUUGCAAAAGGUCUUGAGUAUCUACAUCACACUGCAUACAUAUUACAUGGAGAUAUAAAAAGUUGGAACAUUUUGGUGUCCAAUGAUUUCAACACAAUUAAAUUAUGUGACUUUGGAAAUUCAUUACCCUUGACAAAAUCUUUAGAAAUAGACACGUCCAAAGGUGAUUUUUCUUAUAUUGGGACAACAUGUUGGAAUCCUCCUGAGAUUAUAUCAGAAAAUGGACCAGUGACGAGUGCUGCUGACAUUUGGACAUAUGGUCUUGUCCUUUGGGAAAUGAUAGCUUUAUCGACACCUCACUGUGAAGAAGAUUUUAACGAAAAUGAAUCUUUUGAUAAUUGUACUACGUCUGAAGAUACGAGAAAUAAUCAGCUUGAUGAAUCUGAUAUUAGUAUAGAUGAAAAUAAAUAUGGUACACGUCCAGCUCUACCUGCUAUUGACUUCAGUGAAGAUUAUAAUAACAUAUUGGAAGUAUUUUUUAUAUGUACCACAAAUUACAAAUUGAGACCCAGUGCAAAAGCACUAGUAAACUACUAUAAAAAAUACGCAGAUAUUAAGAAAAAAAAAUUGUAA